UCUUCUCCUAAUUAACCAAAUGCGAAGGUGUGUGAAUGAGGAAGUAUGUCCAAUAUAUCAAAAAAUGAGAGUGACAGACAACUAGAGGCUGGGUGUACGAAUAGGAGAUGUAUAAGCAUGGGUGGAAGAGAUUUUGAUUUUGUUUAUCUUUUCUCAACAAAAAUGAACUCACGUUAGUCACCAGUUAAGUUGGAAAUAUGUGUUAAAUAUUAUUGCGUGAGACACAAAGAAAAUAAGAGACUCGAAAACAUCAUAUCCGAACUUGAAGGUAUGUAGCAUGUUAUAUUUCAACAAACUACAUAUCUAUACUAUAAAAAACAGAAAAAGAAAAAGGAAAACUCUUUUUAUGAAAUUAAACAUCCUCCUUUUGUCGACCUUCUUAUUGCUCCUCCUCCUCCCUUCAGGAAAUUGGGAGACUUCGAAAAAUUUCGAAACAGGUAUUUCCGCCCAAAAUGGGGACCUUUGUACUUGUAAUGCAAUGUUACCUAGAAAUUUCCAAGAAAUAACGUUAUUUGGUAAUUUCCUCUGAGCAAAGAAGCAUUUGGCAUUUGGUAUCUUCGUUAAAAAAUUGGCAUAAAAAACAAAUGCUUGUUCCAAAAUCCAACUAAGCAACAAUUCACACAAGCCAUUCCAAUGUCAGAGGAAGAAAAGAAUAAAGAAGUUCAAAUGUGAUGGAUUAGAAGGAUUCUGCAAUAACUUGGAGGGAAGAAGAAGGGUAAUUAGCAGAAAUCAAAGGAAGCAAGCAAUACCAUGAGUCCUUAGUUGCAUUCACCCAACUCCGUCAUUGGAAUAUAUUCCAUUUUCUUUCAGUCAUUUUAUCGAACACCUUGUGAAGUUUCCCAUAGAAAAAAGACAAAAUAACACUUUUAUCUUAAAUUUGUUCCUUCGUUUAUUCAUUCUAUUGCCUACUGUGAAACAGAAAAUGAAAACGGAGGGAAAGUCUGGGUGGUUGUUGCUGGUGAUGUCGCUGUUGGUGAUGGGUUUGUCUGCAACUAUGUCAUCAGCUUCUUUUGGUGAUCAGUACCAUCGGGGUAGAAGGAAAACUAUGCUACCGGAUGAAGCGACGUCGUCUUUGGGGCUCAACCGCGCAGCCUCCUCCAUUGUCUUACCGGUUCAUGGAAACGUGUACCCUAUUGGGUCUUAUAAUGUCACUCUUAACAUUGGUCAGCCUCCAAAGCCCUACUUUCUUGAUCCAGACACUGGUAGUGAUCUCACAUGGCUCCAAUGUGAUGCUCCCUGUGUCAGAUGCACUGAGGCUCCUCAUCCAUUGUACCGUCCCAACAAUGAUCUAGUGGUCUGUAAGGACCCCCUCUGUGAGGCCUUGCAUGCACCGGGUUCCCACAAAUGUGAAAAUCCAGAGCAAUGUGACUAUGAAGUUGAGUAUGCAGAUGGUGGCUCAUCCCUUGGUGUACUUGUAAGGGAUGCCUUUCUCCUCAACUUUACCAAUGGAAACCAGCGAACAACUCACCUGGCCCUUGGGUGUGGAUAUGAUCAACUUCCUGGUUCAUCUUAUCAUCCCAUAGAUGGAGUCCUCGGCCUUGGCAAGGGAAAACCUAGCAUCGUAUCACAACUUAGUAAUCAGGGUCUGGUGCGACAUGUCAUUGGUCACUGUUUAAGUGGGCGAGGGGGCGGGUUUUUCUUCUUGGGGGAUGGCCUUUAUGAUUCUUCACGCAUAGUUUGGACACCAAUGUCACCUGAUUACAUCAAACAUUACUCCCCAGGACUUGCGGAACUUAUAGUCGGUGGGAAAUCUACUGGGUUUAGAAACCUCGUUAUGGUUUUUGACAGUGGAAGCUCAUACACUUAUCUUAAUUCUCAGGCUUAUCAAUUUUUGACUUCAUGGUUGAAAAGAGAACUAACUGGAAAACCUUUAAAAGAAGCUCUAGAUGACAAGACUCUCCCACUUUGUUGGAAAGGUCGAAAGCCAUUUAGGAACAUACGUGAUGUCAAGACAUACUUCAAGCCCUUAGCACUAAGAUUUGCCAGUGGUAGAAAAGAUACCACACAGUUUGAAUUGCCCCCAGAAGCUUAUCUAAUUAUAUCGUCCAAGGGAAAUGUUUGCUUGGGAAUUUUAAAUGGUAGUGAAGUUGGGCUGCAAAAUUCUAACAUUAUUGGAGACAUUUCAAUGCAAGAUAAAAUGGUGAUUUAUGACAAUGAGAAGCAGAUGAUUGGAUGGGGUCCUGGAAACUGUGAUCAGCUACCCAAGUCUAGAAGUUUCAGCUUUUGGUGAUGCUUCGUGAGGUUCUCAGACUUGCACGUUUAUAAUGGCGUAUGAUCACAGAGAAUUAUCCAGCAGAAAGAAACAUUCUCCGCUGUAUACUAUAUAGGAUUGGAGGGGAAUAGUUCCAUUUCCACUGUACAUUUUAUAUAUUUCACAUGUAUGUAUGUAGAAUCACGUCUACUUGGUAUUUCUAUUUCCAACCAUAUAUGUUGGUGAAAACUGUAUAGUAUACUUCAGGUUACAUAUGAAGAAUAUUCUGACUUCUUUA